AGCAAUUCAACAAACAACAGCACAAACAAACACAGACAGAUUAUAUUUCCAUGGCUUUAAGCUUUUGCUCCAGCUGGGAUUCCCUCGAGCACCAUUUCAACCAAGACAUGGGCAGCUUCCAACCAGAGCUUCUCUCUUUUGCUGAUGACACUUGUGUUGAUCAUCCAAUCCUCCAGCCCCAAGAGUUCUUCCAUGCUGACAACUACACCAAUCAGCUGCCAUAUUUGCCAACCCCAUCAGAUUACUUGCUCUCCCUCUCACAAGAAAUCUUUCCUCUGUACUCGGAAGCCCAGAUGAGCUUUGGAAAUCAAUAUUUCUCGAAUUUUACACCUGGCUUAUUUGAUGGGUCGUAUGCUCCGAAUCCUGGUCUGGUUCGGGAGCCGGUGCCGGAAGUUGUGGCUCCUUUGCCGGAAAUGGCUUUUCCCUGUGGAAGUCCUCCUCGUCCUCAGAGUAUUGUGAAGAAACCCGAUAAUUAUAAGGAGAGCUUGUCUGCGCAGAGCAUUGCUGCCCGUGAGAGGAGAAGGAAGAUAGCAGAGAAGACGCAGGAGCUUGGGAAGCGGGUUCCUGGUGGGAACAGGAUGAACACUGCUGAGAUGUUUCAAGCUGCCUUCAAGUACGUCAAGUACUUGCAGGCUCAAAUUACAAUACUUGAAAGCAUGGGAUCGAUUCAGACGCAGGAAACAAAAGAACUCCAAGAUCUUCUUGCAUCACCAAUUAUUCAAGAGAAGUUGUACUCAAAGGAGAAGUGCUUGGUACCAAAGGAAUUUCUUGGAACCCUACCCAAUAACCAUGAAUUCCAAUGAAACCCAUUGACAUUGAUGGUCACUUGCUGCCAACCAAUAGCUUAUGUUAUCUUAAUUUGUCUUUUUCCUAGCUUUAACCAUUUGUUUUUUUUUUAAUUAGUAGCUAGGUGCAAAUGUAAUUUUCAUAUGU